AUGGACGCAGACUACGAGUGGUGGAAGACUCACCUACUUUAUCGUCCUGAACAUGCAAAGUUCAGAAAUGGGCCACCGGCCAACUUGGAACAACAAGAUGUCAUGUUCAAGAAGGCUCAUAUUGAUUCCCGUGUGCACUGCCGCUCGCCUACCCUGCAGCUCCGGCUGCCCCUUCCGGAGACUGGCCAUCUCCGCCGCCAGACCUCGCCCCGUCGCCGGCGGACGUUCCCGUCGCCCUACCUCUCCCAUCUCUCGCCGUCAUUUGUCCCGCUGCCCUCCUCCACGCCGACGAACUUCUCCCUUUCCCCUCCGCUGUAUCUUGCAAAAGAGAAGGCUGUUUGGGAUGCAUACCACACUAGAGUUUUCUGUGACAUAUGUAUGGAUGAAGUCAACGCACACAAUAGGGAUGGGGGUUGCUUGAGUAGAAAGGGGUACAAGAAUCUCGGUGAAAAAUUUACCGAGAAAACAGGAAAGCAAUUUACGAAGAAGCAAUUCAACAACAAAUGGGAUGCUUUAAAGAAAGAUUACACGGGUUGGAUGGAGUUGCAAAAUGCAACUGGGCUAGGUUGGGAUCCUGUGACAGAAACUAUGGACGCAGACUACGAGUGGUGGAAGACUCACCUACUUUAUCGUCCUGAACAUGCAAAGUUCAGAAAUGGGCCACCGACCAACUUGGAACAACAAGAUGUCAUGUUCAACAAGGCUCAUGUCACCGGAGAAUCAGCGGCCAAUCCGGGACAAGAAUUAGGAGAGGACAAGGAUGGUCCAAUAUUGUUGGAUGAUGAUGGUGAGGCAACGAAGAAAACAACCCUAGGAAAACGCAAGGCUUGUGUUGGAGAGAAGGAAAAGGAGAGCUUCUUUUUCAAGGCGUACAACACUGCCUUGAGCAGCAUAGUUUCAGAGGUGGAUGCUGGAAGUUCUAGCAGCAAGGAUGACUCUGUCCCAACUAUGAAGGAAUUUUUAGCGAUGGUUCGAGAGUGUGGAGUCAGUGAAGGCACUGAUCUCAUGUUUACAGCGGCCAAGCUUGCCGUGAAAAGGGAGCAUAGAGUGUUGUUCGCAGCCUUUGAAACACCUGGAGGACGGUUUGAUUAUCUCGAGAGGACACAUAAUGAGUUAAACAAGUAGACGUGUCUUGCAAUAUGUGCACUAUUUAUUUGUUAUUUGGAAUUCUAGAACUUAUGGACCAUUUUGUGUACUAUUUAUUUGGAAUAUCUUGUAGACUAUUUUGAUCAUUCUAUAACUUA